GUUCAUUUUCAUUCAAAACUCGGAUAGUUUCAGGGCAGAUAAGAUAAAUUAUUUAUCGUCUACAAACUGUUGCUUAAACGUCAGUAUUGGCUGUGGUGACUACCAGUGCGUUUUACCAUGGCGAAGACUAGUGUUGACUUGGAAGAUAUUGAGAAUUUGUUAUCCUUGAACCCAAGAGUACGACAAAAUUCAAACUUUGUGCCGUCAGCUCUAACCAAGAAAAAUAAAGAACACUGGAAAAGAAACCUUGAUAAGAAAUGCUCGUCAUGUUCUCCACUAGAAAACAAUUUUGAUGACAUAAAGCCGACAACGCUCAGCGAAAGGGGAGCUUUGAAGGAGGCAACACGAUGUUUAAAAUGUGCUGAUGCCCCUUGCCAAAAGUCGUGUCCCACCCAGCUGGAUGUCAAAAGCUUCAUUACAAGCAUUGCAAAUAAGAAUUACUAUGGAGCAGCAAAAGCUAUAUUUUCCGAUAAUCCUUUGGGCAUAACUUGCGGAAUGGUCUGCCCUACUAGCGAUUUGUGCGUGGGUGGCUGUAACUUACAAGCUUCAGAAGAAGGACCGAUCAACAUUGGGGGACUGCAACAAUUUGCUACAGAGGUCUUCAGUAGGAUGGGGGUCAAACAGACAAGAGAUCCAAACACGCCAAAACCAAGUAAUCCUAAUGCGAAAAUAGUUUUACUAGGGGCAGGUCCAGCAUCCCUUUCUUGUGCUACAUUUUUAGGGCGACUAGGAUACGACAAUAUAACGAUAUACGAAAAAGAAGACGUUAUAGGCGGUUUAAGCACUACAGAAAUCCCACAAUAUCGUCUUCCAAUGACUGUGAUAAACUUCGAGAUACAACUAGUCAAGGACCUAGGAGUUAAAAUAGAAACCGGUAGAAAACUUUCAACAAAGGACCUCACCAUCGAAGCACUACUGAAUCAGUCAAAUGCUGUUUUUCUCGGAAUAGGACUACCUCAACCGAAAGUCGCUCCCGUCUUCCAAGGUCUGACCGAGCAGAUGGGCUUCUACACAUCCAAAAGCUUCCUACCCAAGGUCGCAGGGGCUAGCAAAGACAUGGACAAUGGCAGAUGCCCAUGCAAGGCCAAGGCAGACCAACUGCCAAAGCUGCAUGGAAAUGUCAUCGUGUUGGGGGCUGGUGACACGGCGUUCGACUGCGCGACCUCCGCUUUGAGGUGCGGGGCUAGGAAGGUGUUUGUGGUUUUCAGGAGAGGGUUCAGUAAUAUUAGAGCUGUGCCUGAAGAGGUGUCAGCGGCAGUGGACGAAAAAUGCGAGCUGAUCGGUUUCCUAUCACCACAUUCUGUGAAUGUGAAAAAUGGGAAAAUUGUCUCUGUGAUGUUCAGCAGGACGGAACAAACUGAAGAUGGUAAAUGGGUGCAAGAUGAAGAGCAACUAAAUACGCUUAAAUGCAACUACCUCAUUUCUGCAUUUGGAUCUGGUUUGGAAGAUCAAGACAUGAUCGAUGCGUUGAAACCUUUAAAAUUGAAAAGCAACAAUCUACCUGAAGUGGACGUAACCACAAUGCAAUCAUCUCACCCGAAAGUGUGGUGUGGUGGCGAUGUCGCCGGGGUAGCUGAAACUACAGUAGAAUCAGUCAAUGAUGGAAAAAUAGCAGCCUGGUAUAUUCAUUGUGCACUAGAGGGUUUGCCGAGUAUUACAAAACCCAAGCUACCACUGUUCCAUACGGACAUCGAUGAAGUAGAUAUAUCCGUAGAUGUGUGUGGGGUGAAAUUUGAAAAUCCGUUCGGACUUGCAUCUGCACCACCUGUAACUACCACUGCCAUGAUUCGUAGGGCUUUUGAGCAAGGCUGGGCAUUUGUUGUUACUAAAACGUUUUGCUUGGACAAGGACAAGGUUACGAAUGUUUCUCCAAGAAUAAUUCGAGGAACUACCUCAGGCUAUACUUAUGGGCCACAGCAAGGCUCUUUCUUGAAUAUAGAACUGAUUUCGGAAAAAUGCAUGGACUACUGGUUGACUGGUAUAAGAGAACUGAAGAAGGAUUUUCCUUCAAAGAUAAUAAUAGCGAGUGUGAUGUGUGCGUUUAUUGAAGAAGACUGGAAAUUGUUAACUAAGAAAGCCGAAGACAGUGGCGCUGAUAUGUUAGAGUUGAACUUGAGUUGUCCACAUGGAAUGGGAGAAUCUGGAAUGGGUCUGGCCUGUGGACAGAAACCUGAGCUGGUCAGAGAAAUUUCCAAGUGGGUGAAACAGACUAUCAAGAUACCAUUUUUCAUAAAACUUACACCUAACAUAACUGAUAUCAGAGAUAUCGCACAGGCAGCUUACGAAGGGGGUGCAUGGGGUGGUGCGGCUAUAAAUACAGUAUCAGGUUUGAUGUACGUGAAGCCAGAUGCAGCUGCUUGGCCAGCAGUUGGUAUAGACAAGAGGACCACAUACGGAGGAGUCAGUGGAAAUGCCACCAGACCAAUGGGACUUAAAGCUGUUUCAUCGAUUGCUAAUAAAUUACCAAACUUCGCAAUUCUAGGAAUUGGAGGAAUCGAGUCUGCAGAAACAGCCUUCCAGUAUUUGCAGUGUGGCGCGUCAGCAGUUCAAGUCUGCAGUGCGGUACAAAAUCAAGAUUUCUCUUUGAUAGAUGACUAUUGCACUGGCUUGAAAGCUCUUUUGUACCUUGACGGGAAGUUCCCUGGCUGGGAAGGACAGAGUCCUCCUACGUUCAAGCAUCAAAAGGGUAAACCUGUCAUUCCCUUGUACGACGAAACUGGAAAGAAGCUUCCCCAUUUCGGCAAAUACCAAAGAGACCGUGAAGAGCAACUAGCAAAACUAUACAGGGAAUGCAAGAUCGAUGAUAACAUUUUACUCCAUCACAACGGAAAACAAAACGGGUACUCUGGAGAACUAUCCAAUGGCUUCAAUGAUGUUAAUGGUAUUUGCAGAGGUUCUGAAGUGACGAAGCGCCAUGUACCAAAGGUCAAGGAUAUCAUAGGACGAGCACUACCAAGGAUUGGACCCUACAAACAGUUGAAUAAUAAGCAACAAGUGGUUGCUAUCAUUGAUGAUGACAUGUGUAUAAACUGUGGCAAAUGUUACAUGACUUGUAAUGACUCGGGAUAUCAGGCUAUACGGUUUGAUAAGGAAACCCAUAUUCCGAAAGUAACUGAUGACUGCACAGGUUGCACUUUAUGUCUCUCAGUUUGCCCGAUCAUCGACUGUAUCACGUAAGAUAUUUUUUCAAAUACUAUUCAUACCGAUUUAUUAAUAAAAAUUACAAAAAUGGAAAACAUACCACAUUUCGAGCCCGAAGACGUGGAAGUUUAUCUCGACGUUCUACCUGCUAUGUGCGCAUAGUUACGACUAAAGUAUCUUGAAUCCAGCAAGAAUGUAACGGUCGGAGAGUUCUUCACAAAUCCCUUUGAGCUAUAUCCCGCAUUCUGAAUUAGCCAAGAAUUAACGUGUGUUCGAGAUCUUGAACUUUCCCUAUUAACAGGCAUUAUUAAGAUCAAAAUUAGCGUAUUCGUGAUAUACUAGCCACAUUUGUGAAUAUUAAUCUAUUUAUUCUAAUAUAUUUUUUCAGCAUGGUACCAAAAACCAUUCCGCACGUUGUCAAGAGAGGAAAACCUGGGGAUAUAAUAAAGUUGAUACAUCCUCUGGAUUGAACUACUGCCGAAUAUAUAACAUGAAAUCGUAUAAAUGGUGUUACAUAUCAAGAUCGAACAAAAUUUUCAAAUUAUCAGAUUUAUUAUGCUGUUUCCUGAGAGCAGAUAGAGGAAUGCUCGACCUGGUUGGUAUGAUAAAUCAGCUUUUAGCUGACUCCCGCCAGUGUUAAAUAAAGGCAGUUGUUAUUAUUUACUCUAUAGUUCACUGCUAUGAUGCGAUUACUUUAUAAGCGAAUUUUUACUUCCACCUUGUAUUCAGUUAUUAUUAUACGACUUUAUGUAUCUCAUUUAGUAAUGAAGUUUAAUAAACAUAUUCGAUUCAA